UAAGCUUUGGAAGCAGUCUAUUAAAGACUGGCUUAAUUUUCUACACCAAUACUUCUAAACCAUAUAUCCUGCAAACCCUAACCUCCAUAGUCAUGAAUGGCAUGAACCCUUUUUCUACUGAUCAGUGGAUUCAACAGUAUCCCAACACAUCACUGGCUCCAUCAAGUGGUAACCCCUCUAAUCCGGCUACAACCACACCGGUCCAUAAUGAUUCGAGCUAUGGAACCACUGGCCAAAGUGGUCCAAAGCCGAUACGCAGACGAUCUAGGGCUUCUCGGAAAACACCAACCACUCUACUGAAUGCUAGUCCGACCGAUUUCAGGGCCUUGGUUCAACGGUUCACGGGAUGCGAUAGCAGUGUUAGCGUCUCUUUGCCUUCGGCUUCAGCUGCGGUUUCUGUUGCGAAUUUACCAAAAGGCCCUCUCAAUAUAGAUUUUGGACGGAAUGAUCAUGUGAAUGGAAGUUCAUCAAGGUAUACGUAUUUCGAUAAUCAGAUGAGAUCAUCAUCUCUACCAGUUGGUGGGUAUGGAAGGGAGGAUGGUUCUGCUGUUUAUGAAGCCAUUGAUGAAUCUUCAUUAAUGGCAACGGAAAGAGAUGGUGGCAGCCAUGGAUAUAAUGUUUGAUUGAAGGUGUUCAAAUGUUCAUUAAUUCAUACUGAAAUGAUGUUUUAUUAAUUUUUUUAUUUUAUUUUUCUCUAUUAAUUAAUGUAGAUGUUACUUUUUACGAGCUUAAGCAGUUCAAUUCAGUUCAGUCGGUUCGGUUUCAA